UUCCACAAAAGCUCUUCCAUUAUUUAAAACAGGGGGUUCCUCGUUUCAUAUUUGGCGCGUAAAACGCCACCUGGUGAGCACCACAUGAACUAAAUACAUUAUCACCACAACGGUUAUACAAACAAUAUUUACAACACUGGAUUCAUUGGAAGAGGUGCUAUAGCUCGUUUCGGUGUGCGACAUUCGACUAUUAUUUGCAUUUAGCUACCUUUUUGUGUAAAAAAAGGGCGUGAUUUAAAAUUUUUUUUGCUUAACAGGCACCGAAUUCGUCGGCCAAGAUGUAUGAGCCUGAGGAAGAAAUGGAGGAGGAGGAUCCUGAUGAAAUAACCGCAGAUCUCUGGCAGGAAGCUUGCUGGAUUGUUAUUUCCGCUUACUUUGAUGAAAAGGGUUUGGUUCGACAGCAACUGGACUCGUUUGACGAGUUCAUCCAGAUGAGCGUGCAGAAGAUCGUCGAAGACACUCCACCCAUUGACCUACAAGCAGAAGCUACUCACUCAUCAGGUGAAAUCGAAACUCCACCCCGUUACCUGGUCAAAUUCGAACAGAUUUAUCUGUCAAAGCCGACUCACUGGGAAAAAGAUGGUGCGCCAACGCCUAUGAUGCCUAACGAGGCGCGACUCAGGAACCUUACUUACUCAGCUCCCCUGUACGUGGACAUAACAAAGACUGUAAUCCGCGAACGUGAGGAUCCCAUCGAAACGCAACACCAGAAGACGUUCAUUGGCAAAAUUCCUAUCAUGCUUCGAUCGACGUAUUGUCUUUUGUACUCGUUAACUGAUCGAGAUCUGUCCGAGCUGAACGAGUGCCCUCUGGAUCCCGGCGGGUACUUCAUUAUCAACGGCUCAGAAAAAGUAUUGAUAGCCCAGGAGAAGAUGGCCACGAAUACAGUCUAUGUGUUCCAGAUGAAGGACGGCAAAUACGCCUUCAAAGCAGAGUGUCGAUCGUGUAUUGAGCACUCGUCUAGGCCGACGUCCACAUUAUGGGUUAAUAUGAUGGCUAGAGGAGGGUCAGGUGUUAAGAAAGCUGCCAUCGGCCAGCGUAUCAUUGCUAUUCUGCCUUACAUCAAGCAGGAAAUCCCAAUAAUGAUCGUUUUCCGAGCUCUUGGCUUCGUUGCUGAUAGAGAUAUUCUCGAACAUAUCAUCUAUGACUUUGAGGACCCUGAAAUGAUGGAAAUGGUUAAGCCGUCACUGGACGAAGCAUUCGUCAUUCAAGAGCAGAACGUGGCUUUAAAUUUCAUUGGUGCCCGAGGUGCUCGUCCAGGCGUUACAAAAGAGAAACGUAUCAAGUAUGCAAGGGAAAUUCUACAAAAGGAAAUGUUACCCCAUGUGGGAGUCUCGGAUUUCUGUGAGACGAAGAAAGCUUACUAUUUGGGCUACAUGGUACACAGAUUGCUGUUAGCGGCUUUGGGUCGACGAGAACUGGAUGACCGUGAUCACUAUGGUAACAAACGGCUGGAUUUGGCUGGUCCUUUAAUGGCGUUUCUCUUCCGAGGUUUGUUUAAAAAUCUAACGAAGGAAGUGAGAAUGUUUGCACAAAAGUUUAUUGACAAGGGCAAAGAUUUCAACCUAGAGCUGGCUAUCAAAACAAGGAUUAUUAGCGAUGGUUUAAAGUACUCGCUGGCUACUGGCAACUGGGGUGAUCAGAAGAAGGCUCACCAGGCCCGUCCUGGUGUGUCGCAAGUGUUGAAUCGGCUAACGUACGCCUCAACGUUGUCCCAUCUUCGACGUGUCAAUUCACCUAUCGGUCGUGAUGGAAAAUUGGCGAAACCGCGCCAGUUACAUAAUACCCUAUGGGGAAUGAUUUGUCCAGCCGAGACGCCUGAAGGACAUGCUGUAGGUCUCGUAAAAAAUUUGGCCCUGAUGUCUUACAUUUCUGUAGGAUCGCAACCGUCGCCAAUCCUAGAGUUCUUGGAGGAAUGGAGUAUGGAAAAUCUCGAGGAGAUUGCUCCAUCGGCAAUCGCCGAAGCAACCAAAAUCUUCGUCAACGGUUGCUGGGUGGGCAUUCAUCGUGAUCCUGAGCAACUGAUGUUGACACUGCAGAAACUACGAAGACAGAUGGACAUUAUCGUAUCUGAGGUGUCAAUGGUUCGGGAUAUCCGCGAUCGUGAGAUCCGGAUAUAUACGGAUGCAGGCCGUAUCUGUAGACCUUUGCUCAUUGUGGAGAACCAGAAACUUCUUCUAAAACGGAAGCAUAUCGAUCAGCUGAAGGAACGGGAGUACACGAAUUAUUCAUGGCAAGAUCUUGUCGCAUCAGGUGUCGUAGAGUACAUCGAUACACUUGAGGAGGAAACAGUCAUGCUUGCCAUGACACCCGAUGAUCUGCAUCAAGAUAAAGGACUUGCUUAUUGUAGUACCUACACACAUUGUGAGAUUCAUCCGUCAAUGAUUCUUGGUGUAUGUGCGUCUAUCAUUCCGUUCCCCGAUCACAAUCAAUCACCUCGUAACACUUACCAGUCCGCUAUGGGCAAGCAAGCUAUGGGCGUAUAUAUCACCAACUUCCAUGUGCGAAUGGAUACACUCGCACACGUACUUUAUUAUCCUCAUAAGCCUUUAACGACAACGCGUUCUAUGGAGUACCUGCGUUUUCGAGAGCUACCCGCUGGUAUCAAUGCCAUCGUGGCUAUUAUGUCGUAUACAGGCUACAACCAAGAAGAUUCUGUUAUCCUGAACGCUAGCGCUGUUGAUCGUGGCUUUUUUCGAUCCGUCUUCUAUCGCUCGUAUAAGGACUCGGAGAGCAAACGUAUGGGCGAUCAGGAAGAGACGUUCGAGAAGCCUCAUCGCGACAGUUGCCAGGGUAUGCGAAACGCCAUUUAUGACAAGCUCGACGAUGACGGAAUCAUCGCUCCGGGUACUCGUGUAUCUGGCGAUGACGUUAUCAUUGGUAAAACAAUUACUUUGCCAGAGAAUGAUGAUGACCUGGAAUCGACAAACAAGCGAUACUCAAAAAGAGAUGCGUCAACAUUCCUGAGAAACUCGGAAACAGGUAUUGUCGAUCAGGUGAUGCUGACUAUCAAUAGUGAUGGCUAUAAGUUCUGCAAGAUCCGAGUCCGGUCAGUGAGAGUUCCACAAAUUGGUGAUAAAUUCGCUUCACGCCAUGGGCAGAAAGGAACAUGUGGAGUUACCUACAGACAAGAGGACAUGCCCUUCACUGUAGAAGGUCUUACUCCAGAUAUCAUCAUCAAUCCGCACGCCAUUCCAUCGCGUAUGACAAUCGGUCAUCUUAUUGAGUGCCUUCAAGGCAAGGUAGCUUCGAACAAAGGCGAAAUCGGCGAUGCAACACCAUUUAAUGAUGCAGUCAACGUACAAAAGAUCUCUAACAUUCUUAUGGAGUACGGGUAUCACUUGCGAGGCAACGAAGUCAUGUACAAUGGACAUACGGGUCGGAAGGUUAACGCCCAAAUUUUUCUCGGGCCAACCUAUUAUCAGCGACUGAAGCAUAUGGUGGACGAUAAAAUCCACUCGAGAGCCCGUGGCCCAGUUCAGAUUUUGGUUCGCCAACCUAUGGAGGGCCGUGCACGUGACGGAGGUCUGCGUUUCGGCGAAAUGGAGCGUGAUUGUCAGAUAUCUCACGGCGCUGCGCAGUUUUUACGAGAAAGGCUGUUCUUUGCCUCCGAUCCAUACCGCACGCACAUCUGCAACAUUUGUGGGCUAAUCGCUAUUGCCAACCUUCGUAACAAUAUCUUCGAGUGUAAGGGCUGUCGAAACAAGACGCAAAUCUCACAAAUCACAUUGCCGUAUGCUUGUAAAUUACUCUUCCAAGAACUUAUGUCAAUGAAUAUUGCUCCUCGAAUGAUGGUACUACCAACGAAGAAAUGAUUUGAACCAAACUGAUAUUAAAUAUUUUGAAUAUAAAAAUUUAACCGAGUCGUAGGUGAGGUUGGGAAUAAGCGAAAGGUAUAUUUGAAGAAAGAUGACAUCAUUGACGAAAUUCGAUAUAGAGUGAGUGGAGCGCUUAUUGUGAUUUUUGGUGACCUUGGUAGAGCAUGGAUAGGAAGAACUCUACGAUCAUUUCUUAUCGACGAGGCGCAUGGAACGUUGUGUGGACCUUAAUCCGCGAAGAGCUGACAAACCUUAAUACGAAUUUCAUAAUUAUUAUUUAGGCAAACUCAUGCACAGAAAACUAAUUUAGAGUAUGGAAUUUACCUGAAAUUUAAUAAUAGUGAUAGAGGUGUGAAUAUCUUCGUUCAACCGUUUUUGGUAAUGAUGUGUGUGUAUAUAGCUACAUUUUGUUUUUUAACGUUACCUAAUGCUGGUAGAAUCACAACUUUCCGAAAAGAGUUAUCACAUUCUUUA